CAAUCCAUACUCUUGUCCACAUCUCCGGACUCUCUCAUGCAGUCCGAGCUGUUCUGCCUACACACACACCACUCCCCCGACAGCUCCGCAGUUGAGUGAGGUCCACGACAACGGCAGACCAUGGCAGGAGCAGAUAGAAUAGCUCAGUUGGUGAGCACAUACUCUGGCAUAGGCUUAAACUCCGACAUCUCACGUGCCACCUCCCCCGGAGGCAACCCGCACGAUGCAUCGAACGUUCCCAACGGCCUCGAUCGCCCCAAGGAGAGCCGAUCGCGACCACGGACGUUUCCGUACUUCAAGCAUCUUCCCUAUCCGACCGAGACGACCAAGGAACACGAGCAGAACUUGAACACCAUCGUCGAGCAUCUGUAUGUCGCUGUGUCGGCAGGGGAUUUCGCCCCUGGUGCGACCCAUUGGACGAGGGAGCUGCGAGGAUGGCUGUCGUUGAAGUUCGACUUGCCGCGAGACACGAGGGUGAAGUUGGUGAGGUUAUAUUAUGAGCUGGCACUGGCUCCGGGGUUGGAAGUGUUGACGGCGGAGAGAUUCGCGGGCACAUUUAUGACUCUGACAAAACGAAAACACUACCUCCGUAACGGAAAAGACCUCACCCUUGACUGGCGUCCCCUCUUCAAGGAGCUCAAAAUCUUCGUCCUCCCCAAUAGCACCGGUGGCUCGUCCAGCGGCGCCAUCCGCCGCAAUGUCCGCACCCUCAACAAGAUGUGCACCUUUGCCCAACUCUACUUCGACCCGCGCGAGAUCCCCGCCAUGCUCGAGGAGUUCCUCCCGCACUUCACCACCUCCUUCACCGAGGGCGCCUUCACCGUCGUCGGCCUCCUAAAUCUGCUGUUUCCCACCACCCCGGGCCCGAAAGAUCGGCCGGAUCUCCAGCCGCAGCAUUACAUGCCGACGUUCUUCCAUCUCUGGUCGCUCGUGAACCGGUCGCGGGUGUUCGACAUGCAUUUCUUGGACCUGCUCUCCCGCCUCGCGAGGGAUUGUCUGAUCACCGAGCAUCUUCCCUGGUCGCAGCAUGGCAUCUACACCGAAGACCAAUCGAACCUGAUCUUCACGGCCAUCUUGCGGCUGCUGGAGAUCCCACUCGUCCAGUCCUCGUCGCCGUAUAGCUCACAUGUGGAUAACACGUCGGGGUUGGCGGCGCUCCUAGAGCGGGAUCCUCGAAAGCAUCCCAUCACGCAUAACAUCGCUCGAUGGAUCGUGAUGUCCCUCUCCCCAGCGUGCCUGGAUAACGAGCGAUCGAUAUUGUCGAAUUUGGAAGGACUGAUCGAAGCGGUGGAAACGUAUUUCCACCCCUCCAAUUCCGGGAGCUGGACGCGCUCGCUUUCACAGCUUGUAUACUACCUGACCGACUUCUUCGUCAUGCGCUGGAACCGCGAGCACAGCGGCGAGAUGGAAGUCCCGGAAGGCCGCCGGCUGACCGACGAGGUGAAGCGGCGCUUCGUCCUGUGUCUGCGGGAGGUGACGUUCAUGACCAUCUUCUCGAAGAGCCAUGCCGCAAUCUCGUACGCGCUGUCGAGCUUGCAGAGCCUCGCGUACCUCGAACCCAAUCUAAUCAUCCCCGGCGCGCUCCAGAGGAUCUACCCGGCCCUGCAGGGGUUGGUCGAGGUCCAUCGCACGAUUUCGUCCAUCCGAGCGCUCCAGAUGCUCGCGAAGGUCAUGGCGCGCACGCGAGGAUAUCGGUGCCAUGUCAUGUCCCUAUUAGGGCUCUGUCUCCCCGGUAUCGAUCCGAACGAUUUGGAGAAGACGUUGCAGACGCUGGCCUACAUCCAAAAUGUGAGCUACUGCAUUCCACUCUGCGACCUGACGAAAGAGAAGCCCCACACGGAUGAAAAUAUUCCGAACGGCGAGGAGAAUUCAGCGUAUUCGACCGAGGAUUCGGAAGGUACCGCGGUGUUGUGGGUUCAAGAACAGCUACAAAGACUGGAAAAAGAAGGCGGGGAUAUCGAGAUCGACUAUGAGAAGGAGAUGACGCCGGAACAAGAGGAAGCGAUCCUCCGGUCUUCUACGAUGGGACUCGCGGAGUUCGUCAUGCAAUUCAUCGGCCGAGUCUUCACCCUCCUUGAGAAUCUACCAGACUCAUCCCGAGUUAAGAGCGGAUCGCCAGAGGAGAGCGUCGUCAACACCCUUCCGGCGACCUUCACCCCGCUCCUCGCAACUCUCUCCCCCGAGCUCUACGACAUCGCGCUGAACAAGAUCGCCCAGUUCGUCAGCAACCACGUCAUCCACCAAGCCCGCGACGCCAUGGCGUUCAUCUGCAAUGCCCUCGUCAAAAUCAACCCCAAAAAGGCCCUCGACCGCCUCCUCCCCACCCUCAUCGCCGGCAUCCGCACCGAGAUCGAUGACAACGGCGCUGGCUCCACCCGUACCACGGGAUCCGAGGUCCUCCCCCGCGACCGCGCGCUCGUCUGGAAUAUCAGUCUAUUAAGCAUGUGCGUGGUGCACGUGGGAGACAGCGUGCUGAAAUGGAAGGACGAGCUGAUCGGGAUCGCGGAACACAUGCAGAAAUCCUGCAAAGGGAUUCCGACAGUCCACAUCUCGAAUUUCGUGCACCAUCUGCUGCUCAACUUGACGGUGACCUACACGAUCGAUUUCUCGAUCUACGAGAAGGCGGAGUUAGAGCGCGGGUUGACGCCCGCCGAUUGGGGGAAGCUUCCCGAUAAGCAGAACAUGCAGAUCAGCUGGCACGUGCCGAAGGCGGCGGAGAUCGAGUUCGCGAUCGAGGUGUUUCAGAACGAGACGCGGCAUGCGCUGAAGUCGUUGACGGCGUUGACGAGCGAGAAUCCGCCGACAAAACGGGAUGGCACGGGGAAAGAUUGGAGCGACGAGGUGUCGCGCCAUCUAGUGCUUCUGCGGUUGAUUUUGUCGGGAAUUUCGGUCCUCUUCGAUCCGGCGCAUGAGAUCCAUGAGAUUGAGGCCGGACAUGGCGACACGGACUUACCGAAUGGGUCAACCGACAUCGUCAUGAAAGAUCCCGCAGCGGAGGAGCCGGAAAGCGAUGCGAAUGAGACCGAGGCGAACUUGGGUGAGGCGGAAGAUGAGGAGGUGAAGCCGACGUUUCAGUAUGAAACGGGAUACUCGCUUGACCGGGAGGGAGACCAGUAUAAACUGAUCCACCAGCUCCGAAGGGAUGUCGGUGAGACACUGCAUCGGGUCCAUGUGUUCCUUUCGGAGAAACAGGAGGAUGAUGUGGCUUGCUUCAAUGCGUUGUACACGGCUUACAAGUCGUGGUUCGUCGAUGUUGGCAUCGAGAGGUCGGCUCAUGUCCUGGAUCGUGUGUCGAGGCUCUACUCGGCAGAUAUCCUGCCGUUCAAGUUCAGUGGAAUACGGAAGGAAUAUCCCAGGCCGCUGCUAGCAAGACGAGCAAACGUCUACCACCUCCAACGACUGAGACACAACGCCAACCCCCGCCUCCGUACCAAGCUCGACGAGAUGCUCCUCCUCGAUCUCGCCAAGUCCAGUGUCUCCCUCUACACCGACAUCCGCCGCACCGCCCAAUCCGCCAACGAAAACGCCGUCAAAUGCGUCAUCGGAUCCCGUCCCCUCGUCGUCCCUCCGCUCCUCGACACCCUCGAAACGGCCAUCGCCGCGCAAGACUACCCGCGCAUCAAGGGCGUCAUCUACUCCCUCUUAUUCGGCUCCCUCGCUAAGACCAUCAGUAAAGACUGGCGCUUCACCCCGCGGCUCAUCAAGUGCUUUGUCGAGGUCACCGGCGUCGACAAGCCGUCCGUGCAGAAACUCGCCGCGAACGCCGCGUUCCCCAUCAUGGACAUGGGGAAGCCCACCGAUCGCAUGGUCAUCGUCGACGCGGAUAUCGUGAAGGAUCUGCUGACGACCACGGACGCGGACGAGCAACACGUCGAGCGCAUGACGGUGAAGAUCCAGCGGCGCGGCGACAAGAUCGCGGGUAAGCGGCAAAAGAUCGAAGGGCGCAAAGCGAAGCUCGCGGCCGAGUUGCUCGAGGUCGCGAAGACGGCGCACUGGAAGAAAGCGUCCCGCGCGGCCGCCAUCGUGAUCAAUCUCGGCAUGCGGUUCGAGUUCAUCGCGAGCGAGCCGCUCAUCGAGAUGCUGGCGAAGGGCGCCGUCGACCAGCAUCCGAGCCUGCGGUCGCUAUAUUCCGGGGCGCUGCUAGCGCUGUUCGGGCUCGUGCAGACACGGGCAGUGGCGAAGCACAGCUACAAGAACUGGCUACUCCUAAAAGAGGACGUGCCGGAUAUGGUGCAGGCGCCGACGAACUCGUCGGAUCCGCACUGGACGGAGAGCUUCCUGAAGCGGUUCGCGCAGCCGGACGUGAAUUUCUACAUCGAUUGGGACCAUUGCGGGUGGCUCGUCUGGGAGAAGGAGAUCACCGGGUUUCUGCCCGAUCGCCCGGCGCUGGAGUUCGACGACGUGGAGGAUAAGGUACGGAAGACGAUCGCGAAGCAUCUCGAUCGGGUGUGGUUCUCGACGUACUUCUCAUACAUCAAGCAGGAGCCGCGCGAUCCGCACAGCGACCGGUUCCGCGUGUCGUCCGCGUACACCCUGUCCGCGGCGUUCGAGCUCGUGUUCGCGGGUCUCACGACUGCAACAUUUGCGGAUAUCCAGGAGCUUAGCGGCACGGUGUUCGGCGACGGCAGCGACAAGCACCAGCAUCGCGCGACUGCGGAGAUCAUGGGCGGACUGAUCUCAUGCGCGGACUACCUACCCAAGGAGCAGAAGGUGGAGAUCUGGGAGUACGCGUUCCCGAUCGUGCGCGGCAUCCUGCGCGACGGGCUGUCGCCCGAGACGUCGUCGUACUGGCAGACGUUCCUGCACGUGGCAUUCCAGUCGAAGGAUCCGCGUCGGGCGUGGCCGCUGGUGGACUGGUUGGCGAGCUUCAAGCUGGACAUGUCGUCGAACGCAGCGUUCAAGGAGAGCUCGAAGAUUCAGGCGCUGCAACAGUGCAUUCUGGAGACAGGGUGGCAUUUCCAGCUGGAGAAGCCGAUCCUCGAAGAUUUCUUGGCACAUCUGGAUCAUCCAUAUAAGGGUGUCCGCGAGGCGAUGGGGCAGACGCUAGCGACGAUCUAUCGGACGCGGUAUCAUGAGUCGUAUCCUAAUGUGACGGCGUUAGUGAACGCGCAGAAAGAGGCGGGGUCAAUUGGGUUACAGCCAUAUAAGCCCACCGAGGAGUUCACGGCAACCAUGAACGACAUCUUCGAGCGCCUGCAAAAGUGGCGGGCAGAGCGCCAACCGGGACAACAGUCGCCGUCGUCGUACACGCAAGGCGGCAAGACGGUGCUUCUGUGGCUGGACUCGGCACUCACGUCGUUCGAGUGCACGGAAUUGAUCCCGUUCAUCCCCACGCAGCUGACGGUCGAGCUCCUCCACAUGAUGGACAUCAAAGAAGAUCAAGAGCUCCAAUCCCUCGCAUACCACGUCUACAAGCAAAUCGCCAACGUCCCCCACCGCGCGGGCGAAGACGGCCCCUUCAUCGCCUCCCUCAUCUCCAUCGGCAACACCGCCUCCUCCUGGCACCAGCGUCUUCGCAUCCUUAUCAAUAUCCAAGUCCUCUUCUACCGCGAACUCUUCCUCAUGUCCCCCGCCCACCAGCAAACCCUCUUCGAUAGUGUCUCCGCUAUGCUCCGCGACCCUCAAUACGAAGUCCGCCUCGGCGCCUCGACCACCCUCUCCGGCAUGAUCCGCUGCUCCCCAAUCGCCAAGCGCGACGCCGUCGUGAAAACCCUCAAGGCCCGCUUCUCCGAGAUGCUCGCCGCGAAUCCGCUGCCGAAGCGGAGGGUCCCCGGGACGCCGACGCCCGCGCAGGCGCAGACGACCAUCGGGCGGCACGCGGCGGUGUUGGGUUUGGGGGCGCUGGUGCAGGCGUUUCCGUACCAUAGUCCGCCGCCGGGGUGGUUGCCGGAAGUGUUGGCGACGUUGGCAACGAAGGCGAGUGGAGAUGGAGGGACGGUGGGGAAGAGCGUGAAGGGGAUUUUGGCGGAUUUUAAAAAGACACGGCAGGAUACGUGGCAUGUGGAUGUUAAGGCGUUCGAGCCGGAGCAGCUGGCGGAUUUGGAAGGCGUGUUGUGGAAGAGCUAUUUCGCGUAGACGGAACUGAAUCAUACAUAUCGUUUUCAGGGUAUUGGGACCGUUUCCAGUUCGAAGCCAUGAGUAGCAUUAGGCGAUGGAGGACGUUACGGUAGGAU